AUUUUUCGUUACUUUCGUUCCUUUUAUUUGUGGAUUUGUAAAUAAGAAGCUGUUCGGAGGUGAAAGAAGAAAAUGAUAUCAAGUUUUUCUUGGACAUCUCUUUCAAUUGUUCUCGUCUUCAUAACAUUAUCAGAAAGCGCCUGCACCUUUCCUUCAGAGAUUACGGGCGACUGGUACAGCGCUUAUAAGGGCAAACUGUCUUUCAACUCUACUCAUUUAUCAGGAUAUCCCAUUUAUAUGUCAGCCUCCGUGCAGUCAUUAGAUUUUGAGUGUUACAUAAACAGUGACAGAACAUAUCUUUUAAGAGCAACUGAAACAGCCCUUGUGUUUGGUCAAUACAUUCGUGGUUAUUUAUGUAUACAGCUAUGGAGAGUCUCCAGUACGAAGUAUUACUAUUACCAUGGAACAACGAUAUCUCCUACCAACAAAGACCACAUUAAAGGAGUAAUUGAUAUUCUUAAAAAUGGGACGUUAGAGGAGACUUGUGAUAUAGCAGAACCCUACAACACGUCGUCUUUUGUAAUGCUAGUCAAAGAUGGUACAAUUACGACGGGGGCAUCAGAAGCUACAUGUGCGACUGAUCUAUUGGCAUCAUAUAGCUCUGUAUCAAUAACCGACUCUACCGGAAGUACGUCAUGUUCCCCUAAUGUUAUGGAUGGUUGCACCGACAGAACAGAGAUGAGGUUCACGUACGCUUCUGGAUGUGGAAACACACAAAAAUUUUCAACUGGUGGGUUUUGGACCUGCAUGCAUAGUAUGAGUAGUGGAGGGAACACUUAUCUCUCGGUCUGGAACAAUGACAGUUCAGUUGUUGGGACCACGUCCUACACAUACGCUUCUGGAGUAAACUACCAGUUUGCCUGUUUAGUGAUCAGUGGGUCGUCAGCAACUAUGUUUCCAAACUACUGCUCAGACAGUACACAAACAGCAUCAACAGUUGCAUCUCCAGGCCUCACAAUGGCAUUUACAGGAGCUACACAGACUUGCUAUGACGAAGUAGAAGGUGGAUCAAGUGCUGUAUACUACAUCACAAUAGUAUUGGGUGCCUUAUUUAUCAUAGCCUUGAUUAUCUUAAUCAUUAUUCUGAAGAAGAAAGGCUAUUGUUCUCUACAAAAAUGCAAAAAGCAGCGACCCAGUUCACCAGAAAGCAGUGUGGAGCAGGGAGAGCACGUGACUAAUACUGUAUUCAAAAUGAACAAAUUGGAUCCAAUCCCAGGUUUCCGGGCAAAGAGACCACUUCGAAUUGGGCCAAUAGUGGAGCCUAAUCUAGAUAUCCUUCCAAAAGUGGAGCCAUUGUAUGCUCUGUCAGACAAGAAGGACACCAGUAAACCGGCAAAACGAGAUGAUGAUACAAUCUCUGUGGACAGCGUAGAUGAGGAUAAUCCAUUUAAUUUCUACAAUAUCGCCAAGUUCGUGCUUCUUCCUAAGAUUGUCUCCAAGAAAAGCUUUGAUGUUGGAGCUCUUGCAGAUCCAAAACGAAACACAUUGCACGAUAUCUUAGAGAUAAAGAAAUCAAAACUUAAAAGAGAAAGCAAGGCUUCCGAGGAACAGGAGACUAAAAACGACAAAAGCAGGGAUGAAAAAGACAAAGAAAAGGAUAAGGAUAAGAAAAAGACAACCGGCAAACCAAAGCUUGAAAAACAAAGUUCAAAAGAGCCCAAACCUGGGGAUAAAAAUCGUAAAAUGUCUAAAAAGUAAACAAAUGUUUCGAUGCACAGUAUGAAUUAGAUGUAUA